AAUAAGUCUUCUUUGGUAAUUCCUAUGCUGGCAAUUUAUCUGCGUAAACUAUGUGAAGAUGAGGCGUCGUGUAUCUCCUUCGGAAGGCACCACAAUAGCCUUCGCGCUAUUAUUCCAGUCAUUGAUGUUAUUGUAGCCAGUAUUUCUCCUUCAAAAGCCCUUGCUGAAACCUCCUCUCCUUUUGGAUGCUAUUAUAAGAAGCAGAGUGACUCUUCAGCUGGCUUAGACCAUCCUGAUUCAGCUUCCGAGGCUAAUUCGAUUUCUGGCAUUUUCAAUGAUUUAACUACUCUGUUCUCUGACAUUAUCCGUUGUAUUGAUGCUUGCUUGACGGAUUGUGGGGCUGAAAUCGGUGAAGCUUCCUUAAACCGAAUACCUGAUACCCUCAAAGCUAGCUUAAAAUGGCUUUUUGCUCUUGAAAAGGGAGAUGAAGAGUUGCUGACUUUGAUCACAGUACUUCGGCACCAGUCUUUGGAGGAUCUUGUGGAAGGUAAUCGCUCCCAACCCGGAGAACAUGGAUCUGAAAGGAUCAAAAGCCCUGUUGCACAUAAAUCCAAUCAGUUGCGAUCCGCCUUUGUUCAAUGCUGUCUUGGUGACAAAGGGCGCGGCGUUCAAAGAAGUACACUUAUAUCUGUUUUUCAUCGACUUGAGUUGCCCAACUUGCUUGAGAGUCUCACUGAAGAUAGCUGA